AGUCUGAGGAAGCUUGUCUUUGAGCAAGGAUCUGACAUGUAAAAUUCCCCAUCAGCUGGAUGGAAGGAAGGCCCCCGGAAGCCCCGAUGGUAGUCACUCCAAAACAUUUCAGAUUUUGGUGAAGAUUUCGUCUCUCUCUGGUGGAAGUAAUUUCCAUGGAAGCUCCGGUGAGGUUGGCACAUACCAGAUAGAUGAGACAAACCUAAGGUUUCACAAGGACGAUUCAUGCCAGCACAGAUGUCCUUUCUGUAAACACAGUGAAGACUUGAAGUGCACCGUGUGCCCAACUUUCUUCACUGUAAUCUUGGGGAAAACAAAAUCUCACCUCUUCCUCUUCAAGAAGAAUAAGGCGGACGAGCACGAUGUGGAUUGCAUUGCCAAUGCUUGGAUCAUGGAACAAUCCUGUGACCUGUGUCAGAGCCAGGAGGUCGGAAUAUGAACAAGAGGCUCCUCGGCAGCUCUCCAACACCACUUUCUACAAGCCAUUACCCUCUGAUCCCACUGAGAGUUACCAAAAGAAACUACAGCAUUUGCUCAAGAAACUCUCUGAAAAAGCACAAGAUCAAAUCCGCACAGACACACCCCUGAAACCCCGACCUGGGAUAUUCUAUCUACUACCCAAGAUCCAUAAACCUGGAAAUCCUGGGCACCCCAUCAUCUCAGGCAUUGGCACCCUGACAGCAGGAUUGUCUGGCUAUGUAUACGCCCUCCUCAGGCCCUACACUACCAGCACUCCCAGCUACCUUCGAGACACCACUGACUUCCUGAGGAAACUACAAUCCAUCGGUGAACUUCCUGAUAACACCAUCCUGGCCACUAUGGAUGUAGAAGCCCUCUACACCAACAUUCCACACAAAGAUGGACUACAAGCCGUCAAGAACACUAUCCCCGAUAAUGUCACGGCUAACCUGGUGGCUGAACUUUGUGACUUUGUCCUUACCCAUAACUAUUUUACAUUUGGGGACAACGUAUACCUUCUAAUCAGCGGCACUGCUGUGGGUACCCGCAUGGCCCCACAGUAUGCCAACAUUUUUAUGGCUGAUUUAGAACAACGCUUCCUCAGCUCUCGUCCCCUAAAGCCCCUACUCUACUUGCGCUAUAUUGAUGACAUCUUCAUCAUCUGGACCCAUGGAAAAGAAGCCCUUGAGGAAUUCCACCAUGAUUUCAACUAUUUCCAUCCCACCAUCAGCCUCAGCCUGGUCCAGUCCACACAAGAGAUCCACUUUCUGGACACUACAGUGCUAAUAAACGAUGGUCACAUAAACACCACCCUAUACCGGAAACCUACUGACCGCUAUUCCUACCUACAUGCCUCCAGCUUUCACCCUGACCACACCACAUGAUCCAUUGUCUACAGCCAAGCUCUGCAAUACAACCGCAUUUGCUCCAACCCCUCAGACAGAGACAAACACCUACAAGAUCUCUAUCAAGCAUUCUUACAGCUACAAUACCCACCUGCGGAAGUGAAGAAACAGAUUGAUAGAGCCAGAAGAGUUCCCAGAAGUCACCUACUACAGGACAGGCCUAACAAAGAAAAUAACAGAACGCCACUAGCCGUCACCUUCAGCCCCCAACUAAAACCUCUCCAGCGCAUCAUCAAGGAUCUACAACCUAUCCUGAAGGACGACCCAUCACUCUCACAAAUCUUGGGAGACAGGCCAGUCCUUGCUUACAGACAGCCCCCCAACUUGAAGCAAAUACUCACCAGCAACCACACACUACACAACAGAACCACUAACCCAGGAACCUAUCCUUGAAACAAAGCCCGUUGCCAACUGUAUCCACAUAUCUAUUCGGGGACACCAUCACAGGGCCUAAUAACAUCAGCCACACUAUCAGAGGCUCGUUCACCUGCACAUCUACCAAUGUGAUAUAUGCCAUCAUGUGCCAGCAAUGCCCCUCUGCCAUGCACAUUGGACAGUCUCUACAUAAAAGAAUAGAUGGACACAAAUCAGAUGUCAAGAAUUAUAACAUUCAUAAACCAGUUGGAGAACACUUCAAUUUCUCUGGUCACUCGAUUUCUGAUCUCAAAGUGACUAUCCUUCAACAAAAAAACUUCGAAAACAGACUCCAAUGAGAGACUGCUGAAUUGGAAUUAAUUUGCAAAUUGGAUACAAUUAACUUAGGCUUGAAUAGAGACUGGGAAUGGUUGAUUCAUUAUAAAAAGUAACCUCUUACCCCCCACCCCCUGCUGUUCCUCAGACGUUCUUGUUAAACCCUGGAUUUGUGCUGGAAAUGGCCCACCUUGAUUAUCAUACACAUUGUAAGGAGAGUCAUCACUGUAGAUAAGCUAUUACCAGCAGGAGAGUGGGGUGGGGGGAGAGAAAACCUUUUGUAGUGAUAAACAUCCAUUUUUUCGUGGUCUGUGUGUAUAAAAACCAUCUUCUGUAUUUUCCACAGUAUGCAUCUGAUGAAGUGAGCUGUAGCUCACGAAAGCUUAUGCUCAAAUAAAUGCGUUAGUCUCUAAGGUGCCACAAGUACUCGUUUUUCUUUUUUCAUAUUAACAUCCUGAUUAUUGAAGUUCACAUGUACCACUUUAGCCACAGCACUGCUGGAUUUAGCUGUGAGAAAGCAGCAAGCAUAUGUUAUAAGAUCCUGUGCUUUACUUUGUGUUUUAUUGUAUAGGUUUUAAAUCCUUCUACAUUGUAGCUUCAGAAGUAGACUGGCUGGAACUGGCUGCCUCUCUGCUGACAUAAGAAGA